ACUGUAAUAACAUUACUAAUUUCUGUGUUGUUUGAACAGGACCAUGGGGAAGAAGUCCCUCGUUGCUUGCUUGGUGCUAGUCAUUGCGGCUGUUCUGGUUGUUUGCCUUUGUCUUCUUUUACGGGUUAAGCGUAAUCACUGCUACUCCAAAGCCUCAGUAGCAGCCGACGCUGGGAAAUGUUCUGAGAUCGGCAGGGACGUGUUAAGGCGCGGUGGCUCUGCUGUGGACGCCGCCAUCGCAGCGCUGUUGUGUGUCGGACUGUUUAACGCUCACAGCAUGGGCAUCGGAGGAGGACAUUACUUCAUCAUCUAUAACGGCAUUACAGGAAAGGUGGAGACGAUCAACGCGAGGGAAAUGGCACCCCUAAAAGCCAGGUUUGAUAUGUUCGGCAACAACUCACAGCUCUCAAAAAAAGGAGGCCUGUCCAUCGCGGUUCCUGGUGAGCUCCGUGGCUAUGAACUGGCACACCGGCGUCAUGGCCGUUUGCCGUGGAAGGAGUUGUUUAAACCGAGCGUCCAGCUGGCACGUGACGGCAUCCGAGUCAGCAGAGCUCUCGCCAAAGCCAUGUGGGAUAACCAGGAGGCCAUUCAGGCUGAUCCAGCACUGUGUGAAGUAUUUUGUGAUUCCAACAAAACAAUCCUGAGGGAAAACGACACUAUCAGAUUUCCACGGCUAGCAGACACCUACGAGAGGAUCGCUGAGGAAGGAGCUGAUGUUUUUUAUAAUGGCUCCAUGGCUAAAACGAUAGUGAAUGACAUCCGGGCUGCAGGUGGCGUUAUAACACUUGAAGACCUGUCAGGGUAUACAGCAGAGUUGAAUGAAAGCUCAUUGAAGAUAAAUGUAGGAGAAUACACCAUGCAUUUUCCAGAUGCUCCAUCUGGCGGUCCUGUGCUAGCACUAAUGCUAAACAUUUUGGACGGUUAUAAUUUCUCACCCAGCAGUGUGUCGACUACAGAGAAGAAGACGCUCACUUAUCACCGCAUCAUCGAGGCUUUCCGCUUCGCCUUCGCUAAGAGGAGCAGGCUGGGAGAUCCUCACUACCUCAAUAUCACUGACCUCAUCCACAACAUGACCUCGGACUACUUUGCUGAUGACAUCCGCAGUAAGAUCACAGAUAACACCACGCACCCAGAGAGUUUCUAUGGGCCGGAAUACUUUAACCCUGAGGAUCAUGGGACGGCUCACCUGUCCAUCAUCGCUGAGGAUGGGAGCGCCGUGGCUGUGACCAGCAGCAUCAAUCAGUAUUUUGGUUCUAAAGUGAUGUCACGUUCCACUGGAAUCAUCUUUAAUGAUAAUAUGGAUGACUUCAGUUCUCCAAACAUCCCAAACACAUUCGGCAUUCCUCCUUCUCGUAGUAACUUCAUCCAACCAGGUAAAAGGCCGCUCUCGUCCAUGAGUCCAACCAUCAUCUGCGACAAACACAACAAAGUUAAAAUGGUCGUGGGAGCUUCAGGUGGGACGAAGAUCACCACGGCAACGGCUCUGGUGAUCCUGAACGCACUGUUCUUUAACUACGAUCUGAAGAGAGCUGUAGAGGAACCCAGAGUCCACAACCAGCUCAACCCCAAUUACAAUGAGGUGGAGCAGGACUUCAUGAAGAGUGUGAUAGACAGACUAGCUCAGAAGAAUCAUGUGACAAAGCUGCAGAACACCACUGCGGUGGUUCAGGCCGUGGUGAGGCAGGAUGAUCAGAUCUGUGCUGCAUCGGACCCACGGAAAGGAGGAUAUCCCGCCGGCUACUGAAACAAACUUUAAUAAUAAUCAACUUUUAUCUGUACAGCUUUGAUAAAACAAAGACAUUUAAGCAAAUCUGAAUGAAUCAUACAAAUCAUUAGAAUGUUUUCAAUACACAGAGACCCUCCCUCCAUAUACUGUUUAUAUUUUAUAUAUUGAUGUAAAACAAUUCAAAAGGAAAAUCAUCCACGUUGAGGUGGUGACAGUAACUUCGCUUCAGAGCACCACCCCGUCAUUGAUUAUUUCCUAUAACAGCAUGUCUUAGUGUUUUAUUCCUCUUACUCCACAGCAAUUUGCCAAUCAUUACACAAUUUUUAUCCAUUUAUAGCUAUGUUUAAUGUUGUUAAUGUUCUCACUUACGUUACAGCAGCUAUAAACAGUCGUUCCCUCACUACCUCACCAUUUUUCUCACAUAAGACGAAAAAAAACCAAACGCAGCUUGUCAUGUUACUGAGAAAUCCUCUGUCCUGGAGAUGUCUUAAAGUUACAGCUUUACCUCUGCCUUGUACAAAACCCCUGACACUGGAGACUCCUUCCACGAAUGUUAAAUAAACGUCUCUUUACAGAAAACUUCACCAGAUCAACGAAUUUUAAAAAUCUGCAUAUGUGGAUAGUACACGUCCCUGUGAAUGAGUUGUUACUAUAGAAACGAUGAUGUAUUAGAACGAAUGCGUCAAUAUAAACCUGUGAUUUCCAGCUGCGCUACUGUCAGAGCUGCUGUUAUAGAAACUGAGUCAACACCUUCUGACCAAUCACAAUCCAGACCUCUCAUUAAUGUGACUUUAUGUUCAUGUACAUUAAAAAC